GCUCCCGGAAGUGACUCGACCUUUGCAUUCCCCCCCUUUCCCCAUUACCGCCCCCCCUGCAUUGCCAUUUCCCUCCCUCCCCCCUUUUCGUUUCCGGCGCUCCCGCCUUCUCUCCGCCGCAGCUCUACUCUGAGUCUGUUGGGGGGAGGGAGGGAGGGAGGGGGCGUGGAGGAAUCGGGGUUCUCGGGAGCACGAGCUGCAGCACCACUUCCGGCAAACGCCGCCCCUCCCGCGCUCUGGCUCAGGCUCUGGCGCCGCCGCAGCCGUCGCCGCCGGAAAGUUCAGGAGCCCUGGAAAGGAGAAGGAAUAAGACGACAGGAGGAAGAGAGAGAGAGGGUAGAAUGGAAGAAUCUCACUUCAAUUCUAACCCGUACUUCUGGCCUUCUAUCCCCACAGUCUCAGGACAGAUUGAGAACACGAUGUUCAUCAACAAGAUGAAGGAUCAGCUGCUGCCAGAGAAGGGCUGUGGGCUGGCUCCACCCCACUACCCCACCCUGCUGACAGUGCCUGCCUCAGUGUCCCUGCCCUCAGGCAUCAGUAUGGACACAGAGUCCAAGUCAGACCAGCUGACCCCUCAUAGCCAGGCGUCCGUUACCCAGAAUAUCACCGUGGUCCCUGUGCCGUCUACAGGACUGAUGACUGCUGGAGUCUCCUGUUCUCAGAGGUGGAGAAGAGAAGGGAGUCAAUCAAGGGGUCCUGGUUUGGUAAUCACGUCCCCCUCAGGCUCCCUUGUGACCACAGCCUCAUCAGCUCAGACCUUCCCCAUUUCGGCUCCCAUGAUUGUCUCAGCUCUUCCCCCUGGCUCACAAGCCCUGCAGGUGGUCCCUGACCUCUCCAAGAAGGUAGCAUCAACCCUAACAGAGGAAGGAGGCGGAGGUGGUGGUGGAGGUGGCAAUGUGGCUCCUAAGCCCCCUCGGGGCCGGAAGAAGAAGCGGAUGCUGGAAUCAGGGCUGCCUGAGAUGAAUGACCCUUAUGUCCUCUCCCCUGAGGAUGAGGAUGACCAUCAGAAAGACGGCAAGACCUAUAGGAGCGAAGGGAACUGCGGCACAGGAAAUGGACAGAGCCUUGGGCUCAUGGAUUCAGUUCCCGGCUCCACCACGAACUUGCUGUGUGACCCUGGGUGCCGGAUGUGCUCACUGACAUUCUACUCGAAGUCGGAGAUGCAGAUCCACUCCAAGUCACACACCGAGACCAAGCCCCACAAGUGCCCGCACUGCUCCAAGACCUUCGCCAACAGCUCCUACCUGGCCCAGCACAUCCGUAUACACUCAGGGGCCAAGCCCUACAGUUGUAACUUCUGUGAGAAAUCCUUCCGCCAGCUCUCCCACCUCCAGCAGCACACCCGGAUCCACUCCAAGAUGCACACGGAGACCAUCAAGCCCCACAAGUGCCCGCACUGCUCCAAGACCUUCGCCAACACCUCCUACCUGGCCCAGCACCUCCGAAUCCACUCGGGGGCCAAGCCCUACAACUGUUCCUACUGCCAGAAGGCCUUCCGCCAGCUCUCCCACCUCCAGCAGCACACACGAAUCCACACCGGUGACAGACCAUACAAAUGUGCACAUCCGGGCUGUGAGAAAGCCUUCACACAGCUGUCCAAUCUGCAGUCCCACAGACGGCAGCACAACAAAGAUAAACCCUUCAAGUGCCACAACUGUCAUCGGGCGUACACGGACGCAGCCUCCCUAGAGGUGCACCUGUCUACGCAUACGGUGAAGCACGCCAAGGUGUACACCUGCACUAUCUGUAGUCGGGCAUACACGUCGGAAACGUACCUUAUGAAACAUAUGCGCAAACACAACCCUCCUGAUCUCCAGCAACAAGUGCAGGCGGCGGCAGCGGCGGCAGCGGUGGCCCAGGCCCAGGCCCAGGCUCAGGCCCAGGCCCAGGCUCAAGCUCAAGCUCAAGCCCAGGCCCAGGCCCAGGCUCAGGCCCAGGCCUCCCAGGCAUCACAGCAGCAGCAGCAGCAACAGCCACAGCCACCACACUUCCAGUCCCCUGGGGCAGCCCCCCAGGGUGGGGGCGGCGGGGACAGCAACCCCAACCCUCCACCCCAGUGUUCCUUUGACCUGACCCCCUAUAAGACGGCGGAGCAUCAUAAGGACAUCUGCCUCACUGUCACCACCAGCACCAUCCAGGUGGAGCACCUGGCCAGCUCCUAGAGACCUGUGCUGCCACCCACUGGGAAGAGGGGAAAGAAGUUCUGGUCCCUUCUUUCUCCAACUUCUCUUGGUGGGAAAAGUCUUCUUCCUUGACAGGCCUUGGCUCCAUCUCCUUGGGCCUUAGGCACGGCCUUCCUACACAGGAUACCAUGCUUAUUCUCAACUCCUCUUCAAAAGGAACAUCAGCCCUCCUGAUUGGCAAAGGAAUAAUGAGCUGGUAGUGUAAUCCAGCAGCCUCCCCUUCUAAGCAUAGCUUUUCAAAAUUGGGGGUUGGUGCUCAAGGGAGGGAUUUGCUAUGACCUCAUAGAAACUUUUCCAGUGUGGGCACUUACCCUCUCGUUACCCUCAUAAUCCUCAAAGUUGGGGUUGGUGGAAGACUAGAGGCUGGUCCUCCUGGAUCUCUGAGAGAAGGGAGCCCUAAAUGCAACCAGCCUCCCGUUCUAUUCUUGCCUGCAGAAGAACAGAGGUUUCUCACAUGCCCCGAUCCCCGGGAGCCGUCUUCCCCUCAUGGUCUCGCUUCACUUCCUACCUAAUGCUGGAAGAGGGAGAUCUGGGUGGGGGGUCAGACCCCCUUUAUUUGUAAAGGGGCAAGGGCUGAGAUGUGGUCCCCAAGGGGCCGGAGAUCCCCCAAAUGGUCAAGGGUGGCUUAGAAGUGUGGGUUAUGGUUUUCCUUGGAGCCUCUCCCCUUCUCUGUCAGCCAGGGCCCUAUACUCAGUCUCCUAGUCCCAAAGCCAGAGGAACUGUGGGAGCUUUGUGUUCUUUAUGAAAGCCCACAACAAGGGGUGUUGCAGAGAAGGGAGAGUUCAGGGCAAACACAAGGACUGGACUUAGCUCCCUAGGUGCCACGGUCAGUUGCCGGACACGGAUUUAUAUAUAAAUAUAUAUAUAAAUAUAUAUAUAUAUACCCACUCAUCACGGCCAUCUUUGUUGUAACCAUUUCUGUGUUUAUAAAUGCAUUAUCUCUGAGAAUUUUCAUAUUUGAUGUUUUGUUUAUUUUUGUCCUUUUUGUUUUUCUCCACCCUGUCUUCUGGCCAAUGCCAUUUUUAUUUCCUUUUGUCCUUUUUGUUUGUUUGUUUUUAAAUCAUGGCAGAUUUCAGAGAAAAGAGAAAAUGAAAAAAAUCAGGAAACCAGUUGUUAUAAAGCAAUUUAAAAUGAAGAAAAUACCUUAUGUACAAACCAAGGGGUGUUUUUAGAACCUUGUAUAGAAAUAAAUUCGUGUAAAAGGAU